GACUCGAUUGAGGCUAACGAAACUGUUGAACCCUUCGUUAGGAUAGAACCGGUCUCCUCUACCAAUCUGGUGAACAUGCGAGCGCAAAAAAAUCAAGCUAAUAGAGCUUCAUUUUCUCUACAUCCUCCACGUUCCUCGCCGACUUUCGAUGAACACACUCGACUCUUUCUCAAUCGUUCUUCUUCUAGAAAGAAGCGGUUAGUCGGUAAAAAUGGAUCUCUCAAAGUGUUGGCCAGAAAUGUACCGGGGAAAACCAAGUUGUACUUCGCCGAUUUGUUUACUACAGUGAUCGAUCUUCACUGGCCUUGGGUAAUUUUGAUAUUCUGUAGUUCGUACGUCUUGUCAUGGCUGUUGUUUGCCCUGCUUUGGUGGCUGAUUAUCGCAAUUAGGGGACCCUCGGUUUGUGUCACGGAGGUAAGUUUACGGAUCGAGUCAUCUGUAGUUUUCUGUUCGUUUGGUUAUUUGUACUAAAAUUUGGAGGUGCUGUGAAUGCGUGACAGUAUGUGUAUGGUGAAUGACUGCGUGACUGAGUGAUUUGUUUUCGGUUUAGACUGGGUAUGAGCAAUUCAAGGUAGCAAUUGUCGGUAGGUAAAUUGUAAAAGGAAGAAAUGUUAAAGGAGCUUUUUUAACUGAUAAAAAGCUGAGGGAGGGGUGGUAUGGGGAACUUUUUUUUUUCAAAGGUCAUUUAGUCAAUUACCAAAGGUCAUCUGAAAAAUUGUCCUCAAUUGAGAUGAACCAUCUCAAAUGAAUCAUUGAUGGCAGGUAAGAACCCUUCCAGCUGAAAUAAUCCUGGAAGGAGGACAAAAAAAUUCCUUUUCAUAACAUCAGUUUGAAAUAUCUUUUUCAGAUUUUUCUAUGCACUUACUUUAUUUUUCAUUUUCACAAAAUGAAUCUGAUGGCAUUCAAUAUUAAUUAACUAUAUAUUUCAAUGAUUUAGUUCAGAUCUGUUUUUUUCCAGGUGUAUGAUUGGUCUUCUGCUUUUCUGUUUUCCAUUGAAACGGAACAAACCAUUGGUUAUGGAAGCAGAGCAAUUACAACCAAGUGUCCAGAGGCUGCCAUCGUGUUACAGAUACAAUCCUUGAUUGGUUUGAUUUUAGAUGCUUUUUUACUUGGUUUGACUUUUGCUAAGCUAUCCCAGCCUCGUGAACGCAUGAAGACUGUGAUGUUCUCAGAGAAUGCAGUGAUUGCGCCCAGGGAUGGGAAACUGUGUUUGAUGUUCAGGGUUGGAGAUAUUCGCAAAAGCCAAAUUGUUGAUGCUUCAAUAAGAAUGCAAUUAUUUCGGAAGUGGACAACCUCUGAAGGAAAAGAAAUCCCAUUUUAUCAGGAGGAUCUUAGAGUGUGCUAUGACUGGCAAAACCCUGCAAACGACUUCAGGAAUGAGUUAUUUCUUUUGCUUCCUAUGGUGAUAAUUCAUGUCAUUGAUGAAAAAAGUCCCUUUUUUGAGAUUACACCUGAUCAGCUUAAGGAAUCAGAUUAUGAGAUUGUUGUAGUUUUGGAUGGAAUAGUUGAACAUACGGGAAUGAACACCCAGCCCAAGACAUCAUACACCAGUGAUGAAAUCUUGUGGGGUUAUGACUUCUUGAAUGUCAUUGGUCAAGACUUUAUUGAAAAUGGCAAAUACUUUGUAGAUUUUUCCAAGUUUAAUGAGAUCCGCAAUGUUGAAAUGCAAUUGUGCUCUCCCAAAGAAUUUUACGAAAUGCAGCAUUAA